AUGCUGCCAGUGAGCCUGUUUACGGUGCUGGCCGCCGGCGCCAUUGCGCUGCUGCUGUACCAGAUUAUUGCGAGAAAGUAUCGCUACUUUCUGUCGAAACCGGUGCCGUUCGUAAAGCCGACGCUGUUGUUGGGAAGCAGCGGUCCGAUACUGUUCCGCCGGAGCGAUUCCAUGUCCUGGAUGAAAGCCAUCUACAACACCUUUCCGGAUUCGAGAGUGAUCGGUUUCUAUAGUCUGAUGAAACCAACCUAUCUAAUUCGGGAUCCGGAUUUGAUCAAACAAAUUGCAAUCAAAGAUUUCGAAUAUUUCGCCGAUCACAGUCCGGAGCUGACCAGUACCCGGGAGGACGAUCGGAGCAGUCCGGAGGAUAAAAAUCUGAUCGCCCAGUCGCUGUUCGGUCUGCGGGGUCAAAAGUGGAAGGAUAUGCGAUCGACUUUGAGUCCAGCCUUCACCGGAAGUAAAAUGCGACGAAUGUUCGAUCUGGUUGCCAACUGCGGAAAAUCGAUGACCGAUUUUUUCCUCUCGGAAGCGGAAAAAGGUCACCGGCUGGAGUACGAUAUGAAAAACGUCUGUACGCGGUUUGCGAACGAUGUGAUCGCAUCGGUGGCAUUCGGCAUUCCGGUGGAUUCGUUUCGUAAUCCGAACAACGAGUUUUAUCUCAACGGCAAGGAUAUGUUUAAUUUCAGUUCACCAAUGAAAAUAUUUAAGAUUUUUUUGAUGUUCUUUGUGCCAUACAAACUAAGAAAAAAAUUUAACUUGGACUUUUUCGAUAACAGAAUUACGGAUUAUUUCAUGCAAAUUAUAAUGGACACAAUGAAGCAACGAGAGGAGAAAAACAUUGUUCAGCACGAUAUGAUCCAAAUGUUGAUGAUGGCUCGAAGGGGCUCACUGAAACACGCCAAAAACGAAGAGGACGUCAAAGAUGCCGGUUUCGCCACCGUAGAAGAAUCAAGUAUCGGAAAAACGGAAAACUCUCGGGUGUGGACAAAGCAUGAGUUGGUUGCCCAGUGCUUCUUGUUUUUCGUAGCGGGCUUAGACACCGUAUCGACUGUCAUGUCAUUCCUAGUGUACGAGUUGACCAUCAAUCCGGACAUACAGCAGCGUCUGUACGAAGAAGUGCUUGAAACGGACCAAAAUCUUGACGGUAAACCGCUCACGUACGAAAUCCUGCAGAAAAUGCAGUACAUGGAUAUGGUCGUGUCGGAGGGUCUCCGCUUGUGGCCACCUAAUGUGAUGUCUGAUCGCUACUGCGUUAAAAAUUACGAACUUGACUGCGGACCAGGAAAGAAAUUCAUCAUCGAGAAAGGAACAACCGUUUGGUUUCCAACGGCACCGAUUCAUCACAAUCCGCAGUACUACCCGAAUCCGAUGAAGUUCGACCCGGAACGAUUCAGCGUAGAGAACCGGUCGCAAAUCAAGCCGGAAAUCUAUCUUCCGUUCGGAAUCGGACCAAGAAACUGCAUCGGUUCGAGGUUGGCACUGAUGGAAAUCAAAUCGGGCGUGUAUCAUCUGCUAAGGAAGUUUAGUCUGGAGCCCACGGAGAAGACGCAAAUACCGCUUCGGUUGGCGAAGCACCUGAUGGCCGUGCAAGCCGAGAAGGGUGUAUGGGUGGAACUGAAACCUAGGCAAUAAGGACGAAUGUGGGCCGAUUCGCAAAAACCCAGUUACAAUAUGUUUAGUUAACAAUCAUACGAGCUAGUUUUCUACAAUUAUUUGAAUUUUAAUACAAAAUGUACGUGUUAUCUGAUAACUAAUAAUCAACACUG